UUAUGUCUCUCCUCUCUCUUUCUGUUCUUCAGUAUCUCUGAUACCAUCACAUUCGCUAAUACCUUGGACCCCGUUCAACGCUCUCUAUCUCCCCUCAUUUCCAUCCCAACCCAUCACAUUCUUUCACUUAUUCGAGAGAGCGCCACCACCAACAUACAAUGCGUUGCUCCGCCAUCGCAAUCCUCGGCCUCGCGGCCGUCAUCUCCGCAACAUGGGACGGCAAGUUCAGCUACCCUCCCGGCAUCGAGCCCCUGGGCAUGGCCAGCGGCAAUGCCGACUUCAACAUCAAGACCUUCGGUCCCUCAACGGCCCCGCCAUCAGACUGCAUCUCCGUCUGGCACCCGCCACACCCCAACGUCUACAUUGAUGACUGUGACAACGACAAGGAGCACGGCUGGCACUGGGUCCACCCGGGCAAGCCCAAGGACAGUGACAAGCCUGAUCAGUCGUGCGACAAGUGCGACAAGCCCGACCAAGAUAAGCCCGGCAAGGACAUGCCUGACCAGCCGUGCGACAAGUGCGACAAGCCUGGUAAAGACAUGCCUAAGCAGCCUGAUCAGCCUUGUGACAAGUGCGACAAGCCCGACCAAGAUAAGCCCGGCAAGGACAUGCCUGACCAGCCGUGCGACAAGUGCGACAAGCCUGGCAAAGACAUGCCUAAGCAGCCUGAUCAGCCGUGCGACAAGUGCGACAAGCCUGGUAAAGAUAUGCCUAAGCAGCCUGAUCAGCCUUGUGACAAGUGCAACAAGCCUGAUCACGACAAGCCCAAGAAUACAAGCCAGCCAGCGCAGCCAGCGCAGCCUGCGCCGACCAGCUGGAAGUGGACGACCUCGACCAUCACCCAAACGGCCUUUUCCACCGUCUUCAGCUGUGCACCCACCGUUACCAACUGCCCCGGCAACGGCGGUGGCGCCCACUACACGACUGUCACCGUCCCUGUCGUCACAACCAUCUGCCCUGUCCCCGUCGUGCCGAUCCCCGCUCCGACGACGGUGCCCGCUGCUCCUCCGGCGCCGCCUGCGCCGCCUGCACCACCUGUAGUGCCGGUUGCUCCUCCAGCACCGCCUGCGCCGCCUGCACCACCUGUAGUGCCGGUUGCUCCUCCAGCACCGCCUGCGCCGCCUGCACCACCUGUAGUGCCGGUUGCUCCUCCGGCACCGCCUGCGCCGCCUGCACCACCUGCAGAGCCAGUCACUCCUCCCAGUCCUCCCGUUGUUCCUCCGGCGCCGUCGAACCCGCCCGUUGUCCCCCCUGCCCCCACGACCACCAAGCCCGAGAUCGGCACCAUCGGCACCAUCACCAGGCCCAACCCCACCGCGACCACUAGCCUCGCCAUUGUCACUGCCGGCGCUGUUCAGAACGCCCAGCGCGCGGGCGGUGCCGUCGUCGCCGCCGUCGUCGCUGUCGCUGCCUUCAUCUGAGAGCACUCCCGGCGGUUGCGGACUUGUCUGUCUUUUGCUUUUACACGUGUCACUAGAACGAAGCCCAGCAACAGGUUUUCGGGCAGAGUAGAGGCACAUCACAACGAUGGCUUAUGGAUACAACAUCGAUUUAUGGUUAUGGUAAUGACUGGGUUUCAAUAUACGAUCUUGGGACUUCAUUCGGACGGCGUAGGGUUGGUUCCUCGGGCUUCGCAAACUUGGGCGAAGGGGGAAUAGGAACUCUGGAGUCCAGGAAAGCCUACUUUAUUAGUUAAGGCUAAUACAACGGUUAUGUUUUCUUCUUUUUCUUCAAUAUUUUGAAU